AUGCCGUAUCCCGAGGAAGCUGAGGGUUUCCAGGUUGAUGGACCUGAGACCUUUACCCAGUUCCACAAGCGCUUCUACAAGUUGAAGCCGUUUGGUGACCAUGACGUUGAUAUCAAGAUCGAGGCAUGCGGUGUCUGCGGCAGUGACGUGCACACCAUCAGCGGUGGAUGGGGAGAACAGAAGUUCCCACUGUGCGUGGGACACGAAAUCAUUGGUCGCGCCACUCGUGUCGGCCCCAAGGUCACCCUCAUCAAGGAGGGCCAACGCGUCGGUGUUGGUGCGCAGUCAUACUCGUGCGGCGAGUGCAAGCAGUGCCGCAACGAGAACGAAACCUACUGCCCCGUGCAGAUGAUGGACACCUACGGAUCGGAGUGGCCGGAUACCGGGAUUAUCAGCCAGGGCGGAUACUCGUCGCAUGUUCGGACACACGAGCACUGGGUCUUCCCCAUUCCCGAAGCACUAUCCAGCAACACCGUGGCGCCGAUGUUGUGCGCCGGUCUGACUGCGUACUCGCCCCUGGUGCGAAACGGCGCCGGGCCCGGUAAGAAGGUCGGCAUCGUCGGGCUGGGUGGUAUCGGACACUUUGGCAUUAUGUUCGCGAAGGCGCUUGGGGCUGAGACGUGGGCCAUUUCACGGUCUCGGGCUAAGGAGGCUGAUGCGCGGAAGCUGGGUGCUGAUGGGUACAUCGCUACUGCGGAGGAAGGCUGGGAAGAGCCGCACAAGUUCUCGUUUGAUCUGAUUAUCAACUGCGCCAACUCGUCCGAGGGCUUCGAUCUUGCGCGCUACCUAUCCAUGAUGGAUGUGCAUGGCCGCUGGAUCAGCGUCGGUCUGCCCGAGGAAGAGGGCCAGGUCAUCAAGGCCCAGAACCUGAUUUCCAACGGCGUGCUCAUUGGUGCCAGCCACUUGGGUAGCCGUCGGGAGAUGCUGGAGAUGCUCCAGUUGGCGGCUGAUAAGGGGCUGAAGGGCUGGGUGGAAGAGAUCCCGAUUGGGGAAGAGGGCCUGAAGGAGGCUAUGCUGCGGAUGAAGAAGGGGGAUGUUCACUAUCGCUUCACCCUGACUGGGUACGAGAAGGUCUUUGGUUAA